AUGUACGACAUGCUUGAUACCAGAGAAGGCGAGCGGGCAGUGUAUCGUUUAGUCAGAGCGCGUCAUCGCUCAACGUUGGAUAUGGAGCACACCAAGAUCAUUAAGGGAGCUGAUGGAGCCGUUCUGCGCCGCGCUGGUCAGAUCCUGGAGAGGUGGCGAGAGUGUUACAACCACUUGUGUAACGAAGAGUUCUGUCAUCCUCCGAUCGCAACUGUUCCCAGCGUCGAGGGUCCUGUUCUACCAAUUACUGCCGUCGAAGUCAGUGCUGCCCUCGCAAAAAUGAAGUCGAACAAGGCAACCGGUCCUGAUGACAUACCUGCUGAUGUCUGGAAGCUGCUAGGAGAUCGAGGGUCCGUGUGGCUCGCAACUCUAUUUAACAAGAUCGUUGCAGAAGGACGGACUCCAGACGUUUGGCAAACUUCUGUGACCGUGCCUGUCUGGAAAGGGAAAGGAGACAUUGCUGACUGCACCUCAUACAGACCUAUACGAUUGCUGUGCCAUACGAUGAAGGUUUUUGAGCGUGUCCCGGAAGCUCGUCUGAGGAAAAUUGUUAGCGUUUCACUCAACCAGUGCGGCUUUGUGAAGGACUGCAGCACUAUAGACGCUAUCCAUGCUGUCCGGAUCCUUCUGGAGAAACAUCGAGAGAAGAACCGCAGUGUGCAUCUUGCUUUUCUCGAUCUUGAGAAAGCUUUCGACCGUGUCCCACAUGAGAUGUUAUGGAUGUCCAUGAGGUCGCAUAGAGUACCAGAAGAAUAUGUGCGGUGGACGAAACUGCUUUAUGCGAAGAUUACCAGCGUUGUAGGAUGUGCUGCUGGAACAAGCAGGCCAUUCCCUGUACAAGUAGGGGUUCAUCAGGGUUCAUCCCUCUCACCUCUGUUGUUCAUACUGUGCAUGGACACGCUAACGAAGGAAAUCCAGAAGCAGCAUCCGUGGAUUCAACUCUUUGCCGACGAUGUCAUGCUCGCGUCGGAGUCUCGAGAUGAUCUUCAGAAACAAGUACAGUCUUGGAAGGAUCAGCUGCAGCAACAUGGAUUGCGUCUCAACACAUCAAAAACUGAGUACAUGGACCAAGGAUAG